ACGGCGCCCCCAGUCUGAGCUCAUCCUCCAAACGACUCAUUACGAGACAAAAGCGAAUCAUCUAAAAUUAUCUUCAUAUAGGUACUUAGGUGCUGGCUAAGGGCUAUCGAGGAGAGGUUAAGAUUCUGUCCACCUGUUUGUUAAAGUGCUAAGUCAGACGCCCCAGAGACGCCCUCAGCAAGAUGUCUAACAUCAGCGCCCCUCUGAGUGUUCGCACGCCCUCACCCGCAGGCUCCCUGUCCCCAGACAUACCCCAUGCAAGAGCGCACUAUCUGCGCGCAGGCGCGACUGAUUUCUCUGACGCCUCGGACGACGAACCAGAGUUACGUGCGCUCUCCGACUCCUCCUUGGAAGCAUCGCCCUGCACGUCACCAGCGCCUCCCAGAAUCGUCGACUACAUGCCCAAGAAAGUCCAGUUUUGCCAAGUCGACUCUCAAGGCGGCGAAGGCGAGAUCGAUGAGAAGAGAGGUGUUGCGUGGUCAGGAAGGAGGGACUCCCAAGGCCCCACCAUCGUCGUCUCUGAUGCUGACACUACGGAGGCUCUGUUGGGGACCAGGCCAGGGUCAAGGGACGAGAGUAUUGAAGACACAGUUGGCACUCUCAAGAUGGCCUCCCAGAGACCCAAGUCGCCCCGGCCCGUCACUCCUCGCAAGGACGAGGCCAACGAGUCCUUCUGGGACAAAAUCGGCACCCUGGGCCGGAAGAAGAAGAUCAAGGAAGUGCAAGAAGUGCAAGUUGAAGGCAAGCAUGCAAUUGAUUCUCCCGGCUCGCCGAUGUCGGUGGAUGUGCCGCCCGAUGAUUAUAAUUUAGACGACAAUGAGGAGAGGUCCAUGAUAGAGCCAAAGUCCUAUGAAGACCCAAAGCUCAAGGAACUCAUUGCUAUCCUCAUUGAGUGGAUCAAUGACGUGUUGGCGCCAGAACGUAUUAUAGUUAAACACAUAGAAGAGGACCUGUAUGAUGGGAUGGUAUUCCACAAGUUGAUUGAACAGCUGACCAAAAAAACCCUGAAUGUUCAAGAGGUUACCCAGAGUGAGGCUGGCCAAAAGCAGAAAUUACAAACUGUUCUUAAUUCUGCCAAUCAUAUCCUUGGACUAAGUCGGUAUGGACCUCACAAGUGGUCCGUAGAAUCCAUCCACUCCAAAAAUGUCGUGGCAAUCCUUCAUUUGUUAGUGGCAUUGGCUCGCCAUUUUAGAGCACCUAUAAGGAUGCCCGAGAAAUGUGUCAUUGAUGUCGUCAUUGUGCAGAAACGCGACGGACAACUCAAUCACCGCAUUGUAAAUGAAGAGCUCACUGGCACUUACAAUGAUCUGGGCCUAAGGUGUGAGAGGGAUGCGUUUGACACAUUAUUUGACCAUGCCCCAGAUAAACUGCAAGUUGUGAAGAGAUCGCUCUUGACAUUUGUAAACAAGCAAUUGAACAAGAUUAACCUGGAGGUGGGAGAAUUGGAAACGGAAUUCAGCGAUGGAGUCUAUUUGUGCCUUCUAAUGGGACUUCUAGAGGGUUACUUUGUGCCUCUUCAUCAUUUCUACCUCACACCAAAGACGUUUGAUGAGAAAUUGCAUAAUGUAGCACAAUCAUUUGAGUUGAUGAUGGAUGCUGGACUAGCUAAGCCUAAAGCUAGACCAGAAGAUAUUGUAAAUGCUGAUCUCAAGUCGACUCUAAGAGUUUUGUACAACCUUUUCACCCGCUAUAAGAACACUCACUAAGCAUCACAAAAGGUCUUGAAGAAAUCGCCGAUCUGGAAAACUACCUUCUUCAGAACAAAAUACAGUAAUAGGCCUAAACCGAGGUUAGAAUUGCUAUUGUUGUAAGUCAGGAGAAGUGAGGGCAAGCCAAGUGCAAUGCUCUCGAUAAAUAAGUGCAUAUACCUGUAACUCAAGUGCCUCAAGAAGAAAAUGGUAAGUGCCUCUUUGUGUCCAGACUCUGAGAACUAAGUACUAUACUGUGUACCAUAUCAAAUGUGAACAGAUCUAAAAUAGAGGAACUCCUCUUAUUGUAUGUGCCAAAUUAUGCUUAGAAAUAUCAGUCCUCCGCUGAAGUCACAUUACUAAAUGUAUACAAAUACUGUACUAUAAUGAUCAAAGUAAAAGAAGUAUGCCAUCCAAAUUUUUUUUCAAGGUUAUAUGGAUAGUAAUACAAGUUCCUAAAUAACACUUGGAACUUCAAAACAUGAUAACAUUUAUAAUUAUCAGUAAAUAUAACUGAAGGACUUCAAACCUUAGCAAACCAAAUGAGAAAAGGUGCCCUAAUAAUACGGUAAGAAAGGACGAUACAUCAUUUGUCGUUUAAAUGGGGCAUUUAAAAGAUUCAUGAAGUAAAUGCAAUAUAAUGUAGUCUCCUUAAACUAUACAGUACAGUAUAUAUAAAUUUAAAGAUUAUAUAUUUUUUUAAUAUAUUUUAAUCCUUCACAGAUUCUAAACUUCGUAUAAAGAAAUCUCAUGGCUUUCAUUGGUCUAAUUAAGGGUUAUUCUCUUUACAGUAGAGAUUACAAAUCAUAAAGACUCGUCAAAUGGAGACUGGUUAGUGAAGGAGGGCUCGUUCUCGCUCUCUGUAUUAAAGCUUUAAUGUGCUAGGUGUUCACAGUGGACAAUGGUAGUUCCAUAGAACCCACAUGUUGUUUAGAAUAUUUGUAUUAAUAUUGACAUUUUAUGUGCUUAUGUUCAUUUCAGCCUGAAGUUUGACAUUUGUUAGUAUGAUUUCUGCAUUUACUAGUAUUUUAACCAGAGUGUAAAUAAGUUGCAGUAUAUGUUGUUAAUGCUGAAGUAUGUUGACCAAACCACACACUAGAAAUUGAGAAGACGACGACGUUUCGGUCCGUCCUGGACCAUUAUUGAGUCGUAGUCAACUUGACAAUGGUCCAGGACGGACCGAAACGUUGUCGUCUCUUCAAUUUCUAGUGUGUGGUUUGGUCAACAUUUUUCAGCCACAUUAUUGUGACUUUUCAUCUGCAAUGAUGAAGUAUCUUUAUGUUGAUGUUUCUGUAUUUCACAUGCAUGAACAUGCUUUUUCUAGUAUCUGCCAUGUUUUAUUAAAAUUUAAUCAUCUUGUACAUGCAGCUGUUCAAAUAACUGCAUUGGUUUUGCAUGAUAAUGAUAUUUGUUUUCCUAAUUAGUACUUAUUUAAAGUUUAAAGGCAUAAGAAGAAGAAACUAAAUGCUUUCUUCCUUACGAAUUGCAAUAGAUUUGAUAACCGAGUUAGGAAUGUGAAUACCUACAGAAGAACCUCUAUUAGUGUAAGUUAUUUUGAAGCAAUAAUGUGGAGAUAUUGGUGGCUUUGCUGGAACUGUUUGUGGAAAAAAUAUAUUGUGACCAUCUUAUGGGUUCAACUUGAAAGACCUUAUCAAGAUUUUUUUUUUUUUUUUUAGAAGUGUAAAGAUGUCUACAUGGUUGUAAACGAUGAGUUCUUCCAAUCCGAUAUUUGAAGUUAUAUAAAGUUUAAUGGUAUCAAUUAUAAUUUGAUGGUGGAAAUUUGUCCAAUUUCACUGAAUUAGAGAAUCAAAUUCUCUAAUUUCCAUCUGCAUCUCCAAGUCGGUAUACUGAUUGAAGUUAACUUUUGAUUUGAUUUCAACUAAAGUUUUCGUUUGCAUAUUCUUAUUAAGACUUAAUUUGACUAAUUUACACUUAUAAUUUUAUUUUUAUAAGUAACUCCAUUUGUUUAAUGUGCAUAAUUAUUUAAUUACAAAUUGUUAACAAUAAUUAUAUCUUCAGUACACAUACUUAUCAAAUAAUGUAAAAUUAUAUGUGCAUAGCUUAGGCAUAUACUGUACAGUACUGUAAUUUCAUGAAGACCAUGCAUACAUUUUUUAGUAGAAUAUUCAAACCAACUUGACUUUAAUAAUCACGAUGGUGUCUGUCUAUCAGUCCAUCGGUGUGUGUGUGCAUUUGUGCCUUACUGCUAUAAAUUUGUGCUAUUAGGUUUAAUGAAACAUUUCUCAGAUGUGGCAUUAUGCAUCUCUUCGUACAAAAGUGACUGUGCAUUUAGCAUAUUAUAAUGCCACAUUGUUUUGAUAAAUUAAUUUAAAUUUAUACUUUUUAAAACACUUUAAAAUUUAUUUAUAGUUUCUGGAGUCAAUAGUGCUGUGAUAAGUCCUGCCAUAAAAGUACAAAACAAAUUUUUUUGUAAUUGCCAUUGUUGUUUUUUAAAUGGUACAGUAAUUUGUUAUUGGCUUAACGAUGAAAUGCAGGCUGUUUGCACUUUGACACGUGUCGAUGUGUUUAAUAUUUGAAGCUAAUUGUGAUAUAUAGUAUUCACAUGUCUCAAAGUGAUUGUGUGUGUUGGAGAGCAUUGGCAGAAACUAUAAAAUAAUAAUUGUCACAAAUAAAAUGUGCAAAAAUACAUAUAUGAUAAGAAUGGAGUAAUAUUACUAAUAAAUACAGGUUAGAAACUUGGACAUGGGCCGGUAUUGUACGUACUACUUGCUAUCACUGUGAAGUCAUUUGUCAUACAUGUUCAUUAAGAUAGGAUAUCUUUUGUAUUGUGCUAUUACCUUGGUUUUAAACCAAAAUCCUGAUUCUCACAGGAAUAUUUUAAUUAAAUGAUAGUCCCAUUUUAUUUUGUCCUCCCGAUUGCAUUUUCAUUUUCAUUAACAUUUUGGUUAAUGAUUUACCAACACUUGGAGAAAAAACUGGUGUAACCAGUUUCUUAAUUAUAGCUUGGACAAUCAUUAUUAAUAUCUCAAACUCUCAAUAACAAAUACUUACUGUGUAGUAAUAAAUUUCAACAGGUGCCUUUAUUGCCUUCUAAUACCAAUAAAAACUACUAAAUA